GUGUGCUGAAUGCCAGACUGGACAGAUAGUCGGUAGAACUGCAUGACUACAAUGUGACAAAAUAUCUGAUUCCAUUUUAUACAUCUGUGUAAAAUAUCAUUUUUUGGUUAAAGCUGCUGACCCAGUCUGGAUUCAUUUAUCAGAGCUCAUGAGUGCGAACAGGCUGCUGCAACUCAAGGGUCAUAUUUUGCCUGAAAAUAAGAUUACAGGAAUGGCAGGCCCACCCAGUCCUCUGACCACCCAUGUGCUGAAUACUGCCAUGGGUGUCCCAGGAUCAAACAUGGUGCUCAAUCUCUAUCGACAAGACCCAUCCACUAAUGCCUGGAGUUUGAUAACUGCUGGAACCACUAAUGAUGAUGGCCGUUGCCCAGGACUCAUAACUAAACAAAUGUUCACACCUGGUGUGUAUAAAAUGCAUUUUGAGACUGCUCAGUACUGGCAGAGUAUGGGAGAGACCAGCUUUUACCCAUAUGUGGAGAUUGUUUUCACAAUUAUUGACCCUGGUUCAAAGUACCAUGUCCCUCUGCUGCUGAGUCGCUUCUCCUACAGUACAUACAGAGGGAGCUAGAGAUCAGGCUCGGUGCUGAAGAUACUUCUAUCUAUUACCCAACACCGCAGAGGCAGCUCUACUGAGACUUAUCCACGUUGCAGUUGAAAUGCCACAUUUAUUCAUUUGGAACUAUUUUUACUUUUUAAUGUUUUAAUCAGUUUAUGUAAGCCUAUUAAACAUUAACCUAAUAAAUAAGGUGUUUAUUGUCAA